UCCGCCGCUACGAUGAUUCCGGUGUCGCUGGUGGUGGUGGUGGUGGGUGGUUGGACUGCCGUCUACCUGGCCGACUUGGUGUUGAAGGUUCAAUUUUGGAAUGGUGUUUGGCGUGAUUGCCAUGUUCAGCUCUUUUUUUCUCCUUGGAAAAACACUGAUGCAGACUUUGGCACAAAUGAUGGCUGACUCUCCCUCUCCUUAUUCUUCCUCUUCCUCUUCCUCGUCUUCCUCUUCCUCUUCUUCCUCUUCCUCCUCCUCUCUUCACAAUGAACAGGUGUUGCAAGUUGUGGUUCCCGGUAUAAAUUUACCUGUCAAUCAGCUGACUUACUUCUUCGCUGCAGUCCUCAUUAGUGGUGUUGUACAUGAAAUUGGACAUGGUAUAGCAGCUAUUAGGGAACAAGUUCGAUUUAAUGGCUUUGGAAUUUUUCUCUUCAUUAUUUAUCCUGGGGCAUUUGUUGAUCUGUUCACCACCCAUUUGCAACUUAUAUCACCAGUCCAGCAGCUAAGGAUAUUUUGUGCAGGUAUAUGGCAUAAUUUUGUCCUUGCUCUCCUUGGUAUUUUAGCUCUUGUUCUCCUCCCAGUAAUCCUCUUACCUUUUUACUACACUGGAGUUGGGGUACUUAUCACUGAAGUCGCAGAGGACUCACCUGCCAUUGGACCCAGAGGCCUUUUUGUGGGAGACCUUGUCACUCAUCUACAGGAUUGUCCCGUUACUAAUGUGCAAGAUUGGAAUGAAUGUUUAGACACCAUUGCAUAUGAGCCCCAAAUUGGGUAUUGUAUAAGUGCAUCAACGUUACAACAAUUAAGCUUCCCAGUUAGAGCAUACAAACGACUAGAUGGUUCUACUGAAUGCUGUAACAAUCACAGCCUCACAGAUGUGUGCUUUUCCUACAGAAAUAAUUUUAAUAAACGUUUGCAUACGUGUCUACCUGCCCGGAAAGCAGUUGAAGCUACUCAAGUUUGUAGAAGCAAUAAAGAUUGCAAAAGCAGCGCAAGUUCUAGCUUCUGUAUAGUACCGUCCUUGGAAACUCACACCCGACUAAUAAAAGUGAAGCAUCCCCCGCAAAUUGAUAUGCUGUAUGUAGGGCACCCCCUGCAUCUUCACUAUACAGUGAGCAUUACAAGUUUCAUCCCACGUUUCAACUUUCUAAGCAUAGAUCUGCCAGUGAUUGUGGAGACAUUUGUCAAGUACCUGAUUUCUCUUUCUGGAGCUCUGGCUAUUGUUAAUGCAGUGCCCUGCUUUGCCUUGGAUGGUCAAUGGAUUUUAAACUCUUUCCUGGAUGCUACCCUUACUUCAGUAAUUGGAGACAACGAUGUCAAAGAUCUGAUUGGAUUUUUCAUCUUGCUUGGUGGCAGUGUACUUUUGGCUGCCAAUGUGACACUGGGACUUUGGAUGGUUACAGCACGGUAAUAUUUGCUCUCAUCCAACAGAAUUAAGAAGUAGAGCUACAUGGUAAUAUCUGUUGCCAUUGAAAUUCUUACUAGUUAUAAAAUGUAAAGUGUUUCCUUAAAACACCUUGGCCAACCUCUUUGAGCUCCUAAUAUCUAGAGAACCCAAAAACUCUGUAGUAGAGGGAGUGGAAGAAAUGAAAAGCAUAAUUCCUGACUUCAUCCUACUUUUAAAGAUUGAAUGUGCAAACUCUGAAUGUUUGUUGAAGAAUUUGUAAACAAGUGAAAAUUCAUUCAUGUAAUACCAUUUUGUGUGACCAUAUAGCAUUUUUGGAAUAGUAAAAGGAAAAGCAGAAUCUUGUAGGAAAACGUGUGUGUGUGUGUGUGUGUGUGUGUGUGUGUGUGUGUGUGUGUGAGAGAGAGAGAGAGAGAGAGAGAGAGAGAGAGAGAGAGAAUGUGUGUGUAUGUGUCUGUGUGUGUUCUACUAGUGUUUGAAACCAGGGCCUUACUUAUGCUACUUAUGCUAAGCUUGCCUGUCCCAGGUAAUUUACUGAAAAGUGCCAUUAAGAUGAUAUGGUGGUGCACACCUAUAAUCCCAACACCUGCCUGUAUGUGUUUGGGAGGCUAGGCAUAAGGAUCAUGAAUUCAAGGCCAUCAUCUUUAGCUACAUAGUAGGUUCCAGACCAGCACUGGCCACAUAGCAAGACCCUUUUGUGCAUGCAUACAUGCACAGGCACACACAGGGGUGCGUGCACGCAUGCACGUGCACACACACAUGCACACACACACAAUCAUUAAUGAUUUGAAGGAAGCUAGACCUUGGUUGAAUGGAAAGUAGGGCAAAUGCUCAUGGUUUUAUAACUCUUGUCUUGUUUGAAAAGUAUUUUAAAGUUUAAUGGUAUAUUAUUCUGUACUCUGGUUACAGUUCUAUGAAAGUAUCUGCUCACAUGAAAGCAAAAACUCUGUGUACAAGUGAUAUCAAGUAAAUGGACAAUGUUGAAAGCAGAUAAGGCUUGUUGUGGGAUAAGACAGUUUGUCGCACAAGUAUUACAGUUUUCAUAGUGUAAGUUCACACUCAACAUUUUUAAGCCUUGUUAUAUAGAGAGUAUGCUGCAGGAAGGAUCUCUCACGGCAGCAUGUGAGCUCAGGCAGUUAGAGGUGAACUUGAGAACUAAGCUGAGUCCUCUAACAGAUCACAACAGAACUUCAGCAAACCUACUUAACCACUUCCUAGAGCUUUGCAGCUUAGAACUCUUCCAGGGUACUUUUUCCUUUGUGCUGCAAGAAUCAACCCUGAGCCAUACUCUGUCAUCACCAGCACCUAGUAUGUUUCUCUCUGUUGGCGGGAUUAAACACCUACUGUUUGUUUUCCAUCUCCCCCUAAGCUACCUCUGUGAGUACAUAAAAGACUUGGUAGUCUAGUGAGAAUGGCUGCACAAAUGAAAAUUUCCCAGAAUCUAGAAACAGACUUUUGAGCUGUGAAGAAUCACAAUUGGUCUUGUCGGGUAGCAGUUCAACCCUGGGAAAUUAAGAAAGUCAGCUGGCUGAUGUGACACUGUUAGUCUUAAGAAUAUAUAUGCACAUACUGUUUCUGUCAUGAAAAAUACCUAUUUCAUGAAACACACACAUUAGAGGUAACAAAAGGCAAUGAUCCAUUCAUUCAUUACUAGCCAGAUAUAUACCUCCCUCCUGAAGUAAGAUACUUCAUAAGGUUACCUUUUUCAGAACAUUAGUUCUCUUAAGCGCCUAAAACUUUUAAAUCAAUUUUUAGAAAUUUUUUAGACUUUAUUACAAAUUUGCCUUCAUUCUUUAAUAGGAACCAUACACUGAAUAUCAUUUUGAGAUUUUAUUAAUGAUGGGCCAUUAGUUACUAAUUAUACUAAAGUCAUACAAAUCACUAACUUUUAUUGCAGAAAAUAUGGCAUUGUUGUCUUCUAAGAUCUCUCAGGACCAAAAUGUAUCUGCAUAUUAAAAAGGCACAGAGCUUUUCAGGUAAAGCUUAGAGAAUGCCGUGAAAUACUCACAUCAUUAACUUCAUCGCAUGCAUGAAGCAGUUUACUAAUGAAAAUGUAUGUGUGUAAGUCAUUGUUUUCAAUACUGAGGAAAACAAUUGUUGGUAUGGUACUUAGAGAGCCCAGGACCUCACACAUGCGAGCAAGUAUUCUACCACUAAACUAUUAUCCAUAGACCAUGAAAAUAGUUGAAUAAGAGGAAAUUCUAUUCAUUAGCUUCAUUUUCUGAGUGAAGGCAAGAAUACAAAAUCUUAUUUCUUAUUAGCUGCUGAACACCUCUGCCAGCUAAUCUUUAGGCUCGGGGCUUGGGAGCUUCUCUCCUGGAAGUCCAGCCAAUUUGUAUGCAAAUGGCCUCAUUACUAAAGAAAGGAGAUGUUACAUAUUGUCUCUUCAGCUUCACUGUGGCCUCCUUGCUUCCCUGUGUAGUGCAUGAGCUAUCAGAAUUGCUUAAUGUGCUUGAAUGGAUGAUGAUUAGUGUUAUUUAUGGCUAGAAAAGCAUGCUUCUAUUUAAGCUGUAAAAAGGAUUGUUGAAUAGUUACUGUAAAUAUAUGUUAACAUAGUAAAGCUUGGAAUUUCUUAUGUCCCUGGUAUAUUAUCAUCUUUAUGGAAAAAAUUCAUUUUGGUUUCUGUAGAGCAAUUAGAAAAAUGAAUUAUAUUGGAAAAAUGAAUUAUGUUGGUGAUUUGAAGAAGUAUCUUUGUGUGUUGUCUCUUUGUUCAACAGUGAAAUUUUAUUCUCAGUGUUCCUAUUCUGCAUUGUUUACAUUCUUAAGGUUUUUAAUCAUCCAUAAGUGUAAAACAUGUACAUAUUAUUUUUAGCAUCUCAGUUUGAAGAGACAAACAGUUAAACUUGACUUUGAUAAAUACUUCUAGGUCAUUGUCUGUGCGAACAGCAGAUUGUAAGCAUACGCUUCCUAGUGAUGUAGCUUUCUGUCAUUGUGUCCUUGGUAUUUAUUGAACAUCCACAUACUGGUGGCACACAGAUUUGUUUCAAUAACUCCUUUAAUUGAGCUGUAAUUCAUUUUAAGGCUUUAAUUUGAUUUUAUAAUUGUCAGAAUGUAAUGUUUAGCAAUAAAAGAACAAAUAAAUGUAAACCAGCAUUCUACGUUUAUCAUCUUCUGUAUCAUAUUUUUUACAUUUGACCUUAGCCAAAAGGCUGAGAAGCUAUUGUCUUGUCAGUGUCCUUUUUCUUUUUUUCUGUAGAAAUGUCCCACUUACAUAGAGUAAGAUCUUGACUCUAAA